AUGCUGGAGGUGAACAAGUGUGAUUCGAAGAAUCUAGGAGCGGUUACUGCCCCUCAGAUUUGCAUUACUGAAGGAGAAUCUUCAGAGUCGCGUGAGUCUGCUCCGGAGUAUUCGGAGGAACAACCACCUCAAUAUGCGGAUGUUGCAUCAUCCUUACGUUCACUUCUGGAAGGUUGCCCCAAAGAUAUUGUAUCUGUUCCCAUGGUCAGCUCUACAGAGGUCCGGUCCUUCAAAAAUUGGAUAAGGAACAAACAUGAGGUCGUUACUAAUGUGCAUGUUCGGCGGAUGACACGUGAUCAUUAUCGAAAACACUAUGCCCACGAUGCACAAGGGGAGUACAUUGGAACGGAUAAAGCUGCGGUUGAUGCUGCGUUGGUAUUUGUACCAAACAAAAGCACGCCAGACGACAUGCUGGCACAAGUUCGUAAGGUGGCAUUUGGGAGAGAACACAGGAAUGAGGACUUCCAAGGCUGGGGAUAUGGUGCUGGUGAUGGUGGGGGCUAG